UUUUAGCCGGCGCAGAUCUCUGUUUUGUUUACUUCACUUUAAUUUUUGUCAUUAUGACGAAAUUCAAUAACAAAGAAUAAUUCACCAAACACUACAGAAUUCCAACAAGUAAGAUGAGUUCCUGGAAUCCAGAAUUUGAAAUAUCGAUUUCAGAUUCCGAAGAUGAAGGUGAUCAAUUGCAGAAAAAGUUCAGCGGCCGAGAAGCUAUUAUAUUUGUUAUCGAUGCUAAUUUGUAUAAUAGAUCGGAAUUAUUGGACAAUGCUUUGGUGAUUUUACGCAGAGCCUUUUUAUCAGGCCUCAUGGUAAAUGACAGGGACUUAAUAGGUUUGAUAUUUGCAAACACAAAACAUUCGCCAGAACCUCAUGAGCCCAACUGUUUGGAGGACAUAAUAAUGCCAGAAAAAUGUGCAGUAUUUCUACCGCCACGCCAACUAAACACUGCUAUAGUUCAAAUGUUUCUGAGAUUCGUCGAAACGGCGCCAACACAAUUUGAUGAAAUAUAUGGCGUAGCGCCUGAAGAUGAAGGUUGUAACUUUUCUCAUAUGCUCAGGCUUUGCAUGGAUUUAGUUCAGCAUUGUAAUUAUCUGGUUGAUAAUACCACAAUUGUUUACUUAACCGACAUUGAGCUGCCGCAUCCUCACGAUUCUGAAUGUUAUAGACAAGUUCUACAAAAAGCUGCCGACUUAAAGGGAAGAGAUGUAGAAUUCCAUCUGAUACCCAUGAUAGACAUAUUUAAUUAUGAUUUAUUUUAUAAAGAGUUUAUUUGUUUAAUUCAGGACACCGAUAUAGAUUGUUUCGAGCCAACUGACCCAAAAAGGCUGCGCGAAAUGUUAGCCAAUCGUAAGUUUAAGCAACAUUAUGUACGUCGCUCUUUGGGUCAUUUUAAAUUUACUUUGGGUCCUAAUUUGGUUCUCUCUGCCCAAUAUUUCAAUUAUUACCAAAAGGGUAAGAAACCACAGAAUGUACUAUUGCAACGUACUGAUAGUGCUGUGGUACGUAAACAUCGUAUUACGCAGGUACGUAAGCAGGAUCAGGAAAUGGAUGCAGCAGAAGAAGUAAAAGAUGUAAAUAUAAAAAAUGCUUGGUAUGAAAUAAAUCUGGGAACCGAAAGAAUGCGUUUAUCCUAUGAGCAGGUGAAUAGAGUACGUAACCUUCACCCACCUGGAAUGUCGCUAUUGGGAUUUAAGCCGCGUUCUUCUUUGAAAAGCGCAAUAUAUUGCAAAACAGCCAACUUUAUGUAUCCAGAUGAUAUACACAUUGAGGGUUCAAAACGUCUAUUCCGUGCCCUUUGGGAAAAAUGCAUAGAAAAAGAAAAAAUUGCCAUUUGCCUGUUUAUGUGUAGAAGAAAAUCCAUGCCUCGUUAUGUGGCCUUGGUGCCAGUUGAGAAAAAUGCUGAAUCCGAAACACAUGAAGCCAUUAUGCUCAAUGAUGGCUUUAAGAUUGUGUAUUUGUCGUGCGCUACUUAUAUACGCAGUUUUAAUUUAACUGAUUGGAAUACACCAGAAAAUGAUGCCGACGAUGAAGGAUUACAGAUCUGUGAGAAGCUGAUGAAAAAAUUCCGUUUAGAUUAUAAGCCCGAUAUCUUAUGUGAUCCGGAUUUGGAUCAAUUACAAUCGAAACUAUUGAGUUUAGCUUUUAAUGUUAGUUAUGAAACAUUGGGCAGUCAAUAUUUUCCCAAUCCUGACAUUCAAACGGAACGUAUACAAAAACUAUUACCCACCUUUGAAGAAGUAUUUGGUCCAGAAAUGCCAGAGGUAUCAAAACGUUCUGCGGACAAAACUUCUGGUUCAUCGAACACCGCUAAGAAACCUAAAUUAUCAGCAGUCUUUGAUGUUAAAAAUGAAGCCUAUAUUAAGGAAAUGAUUAAAAAUAAGUCUCUAAAUUCUUGCACCAAGGAUCAAUUAAUGGAAAUUUUAAGUACACAUUACAAUAAGAAAGCUCCUAAAACUAUCAAAAAACAAGAUCUAAUGGAUAUUAUUUAUAAUUUAUAAAUGUAUUUGUUAUUUGAUUAUAACAUCUCAAAUUUUUGCUAUACAAGUAAGCUAAAAGCUACUACUAAUCUGGUUCUUAAUAAAAUUAAAAUUUUAAAAAUAAA